UAAUUCAGUGUCUGUGUGAAACACCACUUGUUGUCCAUCCUCUUGAGGAAGCCAUUUCCAUUGCUACUGGAGCUACUAUAUUAUGGUCACAAGAGACUCUUUAGCUGUAUUUUUUUCUCAGCCCUGAUGAGUCAGAAGAAAAUAACACUUGCCAUGAGGUCACUGUAUGGACUGUAUCCCUACAAGGCGAGCAUGAUCGGCAUGGAGAACUUAGAUGACCCAUCAGGGAACUGGGAUAUAGUGGAGACCAUCGGUAAAGGAACGUAUGGCAAAGUGUACAGAGUGAACAACAAGAGGGAUGGAAGUCAGGCUGCUGUCAAAGUGCUCGACCCUAUCAAUGAUGUGGAUGAGGAGAUUGAGGCAGAGUACAACAUCCUGAGGUCGCUGUCAAACCACCCAAAUGUGGUCAAGUUUUACGGCAUGUUUUACAAGUCAGACAACUUAUCAGGAGGACAACUAUGGCUGGUGCUUGAGCUGUGCAACGGCGGCUCUGUCACAGAACUCAUCAAAGGCCUGCUCAUCCGAGCCCAGCGUCUGCAGGAGCCCGUUAUCUCAUACAUCUUAUACAGUGCCCUGUUGGGUCUUCAGCAUUUGCACAACAACCGGAUUAUCCACCGUGACGUCAAAGGCAACAACAUCCUCUUGACAACCGAGGGAGGAGUCAAACUGGUCGACUUUGGUGUUUCAGCUCAACUUACCAGUGCACGAUUACGAAGGAACACAUCAGUUGGGACACCAUUUUGGAUGGCUCCUGAGGUCAUAGCGUGUGAACAGCAGUAUGACUACUCCUACGACGCUCGCUGUGAUGUGUGGUCACUUGGCAUCACAGCCAUCGAGCUGGCAGACGGAGAUCCCCCGCUGGCUGAGAUGCAUCCAGUUAAAGCUCUGUUCAAGAUCCCACGAAAUCCUUCCCCUACAUUACGAAGUCCAGACCAAUGGUGCAGAAGUUUCAGCCAUUUCAUCAGUCAGUGUCUGAUAAAGGAUUUCGAGGCUCGUCCGUCGGUGACCCACCUCCUGGAGCAUCCCUUCAUCAAGCAGGCCCACGGCAAAGAUGUAGCACUCCAGCAGCAGUUGGCUGUUCUCAUCCAGGAGCAGCAAGAACUGGGCUGCAAAACCAGAACCAAGCACGACCGGAUCAAUACUCGUAAAACUCUCAUAAUAGAGCGAUGUCCUGAUGAUGAUCUGGUAAACCUGGAGUUCUUAGACGAGGAGAAAAUAAUCAGCCAUCUCCAGAGGAGGUACGGUGAGCUGCAGGUGUACACUUAUGUUGGUGACAUCCUCAUUGCUCUCAAUCCUUUCCAGAACCUCAGCAUCUACUCUCCUCAGUUCUCUAAGCUGUACCACGGCGUGAAGCGGGCCGAUAACCCUCCACACAUCUUUGCCACUGCAGAUGCAGCGUACCAAAGCAUGGUGACGUUCUGCAAAGACCAGUGUAUUAUAAUCAGUGGGGAAAGCGGUGCAGGGAAAACAGAGAGCGCUCAUUUGAUCGUUCAACAUCUUACCUUCUUGGGAAAGGCGAACAACCGGACGCUGCGUGAGAAGAUCUUGCAGGUGAACCCCCUGGUGGAGGCCUUUGGAAACGCCUGCACAGCCAUCAAUGACAACUCGAGCCGCUUCGGUAAAUACCUGGAGAUGAAGUUCACUCCCACUGGAGCCGUCAUCGGGGCAAAGAUAUCGGAGUACCUGCUGGAGAAGUCCAGAGUCAUCAAACAGGCGACGGGGGAGAAAAACUUCCACAUAUUUUAUUACAUUUACGCUGGACUUUACCACCAAGACAAGCUGAAGACCUACAGGUUACCAGACAAGACCCCUCCCAGAUAUAUUGACAGUCAGCACUGUAAAGUGGUGCAGGACAUCGUCUCCAGCAAGCUGUACAAGGAGCAGUUUGAUGCAAUUCAGGAGUGCUUCAGAAAUAUUGGCUUUACUGAAGAGGAGGUGAUUUCUGUUUACAGAAUUCUCUCAGCCAUUUUAAACACCGGCAACAUUGAAUUUGCGUCCAUCACAUCCCAACACCAGACAGAUAAGAGUGAAGUGCCUAACCCAGAGGCCUUAGAGAACGCUGCGUCUCUACUCAGCAUCGGCCCAGAGGAGCUGCAGGAGGCGCUGACCUCCCAGUGUGUGGUCACCAGGGGCGAGACCAUCAUCCGCACCAACACAGUGGACAAAGCCACCGACGUCCGAGACGCCAUGUCCAAGGCCUUGUACGGCCGCCUCUUCAGCUGGAUCGUCAACCGCAUCAACUCCCUGCUGCAGCCCGACAUGAAUAUCUGUGCCGCAGAGAGCGGCAUGAAUGUGGGAAUCCUGGACAUCUUUGGAUUUGAAAACUUCACAAAGAAUUCCUUUGAACAACUGUGCAUCAACAUCGCAAACGAGCAGAUCCAGUUUUACUUCAACCAGCACAUAUUUGCCCUCGAACAGAUGGAGUACCAGAGCGAGGGGGUGGAUGCCAGUCUGGUGGAGUACGAGGACAACAGGCCCAUCCUGGACAUGUUCCUGCAGAAGCCCAUGGGCCUGCUGUCCCUGCUGGACGAGGAGAGCCGCUUCCCUCAGGCCACCGAACAGACCUUAGUGGAUAAAUUUGAAGACAAUCUGCGCUGCAAGUACUUCUGGAUACCAAAACGUGUGGAGCUUUGUUUUGGGAUUCAGCAUUAUGCAGGAAAAGUGAUGUACAACGUGAAUGGCUUUUUGGAGAAGAACAGAGACACUCUUCCUGCAGACAUUGUUGUGGUCCUGAGAACAUCGGAGAACAAACUUCUGCAGCAGCUGUUCUCCAGCCCUUUAACUAAAACAGGGAACCUGGCGACGUCCAGAGCCCGGGUCACCGCUGCCUCCAGAUCUCUGCCUCCUCAGCUGGGCUCAGGACGCAACAAGUCUCCCAAAUACCUGUUGAAGGUGGACACCAUGGAGAUGAUGCGCCACCCCGGAGAAACCACCAGCAUGAGGAGACAGACUGUAGCCUCAUAUUUCCGCUUCUCUCUGAUGGACCUGCUGUCUAAGAUGGUCGUGGGUAAGCCACACUUUGUGCGCUGCAUCAAACCCAACGAUGACAGACAGGCGCUGCGCUUCUGUGAGGAGAGGGUGAUGGUGCAGCUGCGCUACACGGGAAUCCUGGAGACGGUGAGCAUCCGCCGCCAAGGCUACUCCCACCGCAUCCUGUUUGAAGAGUUUGUCAACAGAUAUUACUACCUUGCAUUUCGGGCUCACAAGAUGCCUGAGACAAGCAAAGAAAACGCUGUUACCAUACUGAAGCGAGCCAAACUGGAAGGCUGGGUGCUGGGGACGACUAAGGUGUUUCUCAGGUACUAUCAUGUGGAGCAGCUGAACCUGCUGCUGAGGGAGGUGAUCGCUCGGGUGGUGGUUAUGCAGGCUUACACUAAAGGCUGGCUGGGCGCCCGACGGUACCGAAAAGAGAAGGAGAAGAGAAACCACGGGGCCAUCAUCAUCCAGUCAGCCUGGAGGGGCCAUGUUGCCCGGCAGAACCUCAAACAGAUAAAAAAGGAACGGGAAGAGGCGGCCGUUCGCAUUCAGUCAGUCUCAUCCUCUGCAGCUUACAGGGGCCAUCGGGUGCGCCGGGACCGGGGACCCCAGAAGAACAGAUGUCACCCUGAGGCGGGAAAGACCACCAAGGAGGAACAUACAGGGUCUUACAUCCAGAACAGCACACACACGGAUCACAUACAUAGAGGGAAUGUUUGCCCCGACAGCCGAGACAGACAACUGAAAGACAUCAAGAGAGACAAAGGCAGAGCAGAAGACAGUGUGACGAAGCCUCGCAGGGAGACAGCUAGACUGCGAGACAUGCAGUGUAAACAAGGUCCAGUGAUGAAGCUGCAGCAGAGAACUCAUCGCCGGCGGGGCCAGCAGCCCAAGCUGCUCAACAGCCCUGAAGACAGCCUCUACUACAACCAGCUAAAUAGAACUCUGGAUUACCAGGGGAGCAAGAGGAAGCCGAGAAAACUUGGUCAAAUCAAAGUGCUGGAUGGAGAAGAUGAGUACUAUAAAUUACUGUCGACUGUGGACUCCCUCCCCGAGGAAGACUACGCCGCCGCCACCACCCCUCCCACCCGUUCUAGUGGGCCUCUCGUCAGUCAGAGCUGAGCCUUACAACCAUGUCAAGCGAUUGCCUUCUCCAACUUUGAACCGGACCCAAACCAAAAGGAACUCACAUCCACAUCUAUUGUACAUUUUUAUUUAUUGCUAGUAAACUGCCGUUUUAUAUGACUUAAAUAAAUCUGUUUUAACAAGUGA